AUGCCUUGCUCCAUGUGCAGAUCACGUGGCAUCGUUUGUACGCCUUCAUAUCCGGAUCCACACAAACCAAGAAAGAAGCGUCUCCCCGAGCGUGAACUUCUCGACCGCGUUCAAAGAUACGAGCAGCUCCUCGGUGCUGCCGGCAUCGACAAAGAUCUCACCGUAUCGGACCUCGAAGACGUCGAGAACACAUCGUCCCUGCGUAGCUUCAACCAGAGCAUGGCAUCAAGCAAGCGGUCCAGAAUCUCGUCUACAGACUCAAAGCGAGGUACUUGGGCAACACAUCAGUCAGGGGUACGGACAGCAGAGGCACCUCCAACACCGCCAGGCACAGCAGCCAUCGACCCGGAUUAUGGCGAUAUCGAGUCUAUCUUUGAAUCCGUUCCUCCGCUGCAGCCUCGCUCUCAACAUCAGGAAUCCAACCCUCACUCUCCGGAUGCUUUCAGCCGUUGCCGACAUGCCGCUCAUUCCCCUGCAUUCGAGGGGUCAGUCUCGUCGAUCCCUUUCAUCUACAAACACCUCGAUCUCAUAUUCCCUGAUGAAGGAUCCAAGUACUUCAACCUCGACGAUCACUGCCCCGGCGAGCCCCUCCAACAUCCGGAAACGAGCAUCAUGUUUCGCCUGCUCCAUGUCUAUGAGCAGAACAUCCACCCGUUGGUCAAGGUGGUUCAUGUGCCUACCGUUCGCGAGCACUUCUGUGACAUUUCUGCCGACCCUAGCAUCGCGAGUGCUCACGACAACGCGCUUCUGUUUGCCAUCUAUACCAUCGCCAUCAGUUCGCUCCUUCCGGACGAAUGUGUGCGCCUUUUCGGCUCGAGGACCAAGGAGGUCGUAUGGGAGGAGUUUCGACGCAACGCUCAGACUGCGCUGUGUCGGGCAAGAAUCUGGGUGUCUUCUCAUAUCAGCGCGAGUCAAGCAUACCUCCUCUACACCUUGGCGCUGACUAAGAACGUCGAUCCGCGCUCAUAUGGCGUUUGUUCUGGAAGCAUGGGCAGAGUUGUGCAGCGACUGCUCUCGUUGCACAACAAAUCAUCCGCGUUGCGAGCCAUGCCUGCUCCCAUCGAGGUGGUCAAUCGAGAGAUGGGCAUUCGACUUUGGUGGGAGGUUCUCGCAUGCGAUCUGCGCGCAUGUGAAAAGUCGGGCAUCGCUACCAAUCCAACACUCGCCACUGCGACCACUGUAUUGCCAUGCAAUGUUGCCGACAGCGACUUGGGGCAACUUACCCUUGCAUCCCUUGCAGCGGUACCGGCCGCUUGCCCCGAUAUACCCAUUACUGAUUGCCUUUUUCUACUGCUUCGAUGCGAAUUUGCGCAGUUUCAACUUCAUCCACCUUGGUCGCAACAGCAUCCGGAGUAUCACCUUCGCAGCCACCUCUUUCGCUCCAGUGUGGAAUUCAGAAGGCUUUUGGGUUCAAGCAAUGCACGCCCCAAUACGGCUAGCUUAGCAUGGCGAUUGGCAGCGGUAGACGUGUUCGACGCAUACAUUACAAGGCGAUACUUUGAUCGACCCGACGCGGCGUCCAGCACCUUGGUGCAGUACGCACGACACCAUGCAUGCGCCUGGGUCAACAGGAUUCGACUCCUUGUGCAUCUUAGCCAGAGGAGUUCCGAGAACGAUGUCGAGGUCAUUCAGAUUUGUAUAGUGCAGGUGGAAGCGACGGCCAAGCUGCUUCGAGACGUUCGCUUUGUGCGGUUCCAGUGGUACACCUACCAGCAGCUGCCCUUCUUCUCGUACUUCAUCUUGCUGGAUCUGUUGCGCCGUCACACCACUGGGAAGCUGGUGGACGAAGCCUGGUCGGCCAUUGCGCAAACCAUCGUCAUCUGGCAGCCGACGCAUCUGACAAGCAGCAGUGGCAAACAUCAGAGUAGCCUCGGUAACAGGCUGCCGAAUAGCGGUGCAGCGUCGAAUGACGGCACGCCCAACAUCCAUGCUGGCUGGGAAGACAAGAACAGGCGCAACCCUGUGCAAGUGCGUGGCACUAUGCUCGCAACAUUGAUGGUGGCUGCGUGGGAGAAGCGUGCUCAAGCCCUCACUGCUGGAUCCGAAUCCGAGCCGGGCUACGUGCCAGAGGAACCCGCGAUUGUAGCUGCUAUGCGCGAUGCUGCUACCGUCUUUGCCUCUGAUUGCGAGGCUUCUCGGGCGCCGGGACACUCGGAUGUUGACUGCAAUGAAAGCUCGGCGAGUCAUGCAGGUGGUAGUAGAAACAACCGACAUCAGCCUGAUGCACAGUCGUCGGCGGGCAUGGCGUAUCCGGCCGCGUUUACGGGGUUUCUCGACCCCGAUGCGCAGGCCACCGCAACCGCGUCUGAAGACAUGCUCGACUUCAACUCCCUUCUGCAGUCGAGCGUGGACUUGGAUUGGAGCAGCUGGUUUUCCCAAGGCUGGACUCCAACGGUAACGGGUCUCGACGCCUCACCAACUAAUUUCAUACCCUCUUUGUGA